AUGAACAGUACCAGCCCCAAAUCAACCCGAAUCCUCAUAGUCGGCGCCGGCGCCUUUGGCACCUCCACAGCCUACCACCUCGCCCAGCGCGGCUACACCUCAAUCACCGUCCUAGACCGGUACCCGCCGCCCUCCUGCGAGGCCGCGUCCACCGAUAUAUCCAAGAUCAUCCGCAGCGACUACAACGAACCGCUCUAUGUGCGGUUGGGUCUUGAGAGUAUAGAGGCAUGGAGCUCCUGGGAUUUGUUCAAGGGGUUAUAUAAAGUUCCCGGAUGGAUCCUGAGCGCGAAGAAGCUCUCUGUCCCGUUUGUGCAUGGCAGCAUUGAGACGUGUACGCGGCUGCGAGUGAAGGGGCUGGAGGUGUUGACGCCGGAGGGGAUUCGGGAGAGGUUUCCGGUGAUAAUGGGACAGUUGGAUGGAUGGAAUAUCAAUGUUUGGAAUCCGACGGCCGGGUGGGCGAAAGCCGGAGAGGCGUUGGAGAGGAUGGCGCAGGCGGCGAUGGGCAAGGGGGUGCGGUAUAUUUCGGGAGAUGCGGGCUACGUGCGCCGGCUUGUCUUUCGUGAUGGGGAAUGCACAGGUGCCGCGACGGCAGAUGGGGGCGCCUACGAAGCCGAUCUGGUCGUUCUCGCCACAGGGGCAUGGACGCCCUCCCUCAUCGACCUGCAAGGCCAGCUCACGGCAAAGGGCCACAGCGUCGCACACAUCCAGCUCACCCCGUCAGAAACAAAACACUACUCGCAGCUUCCAAUCCUCGACAACCUUGAACUCGGCUACUUCUUCCCGCCGCAAGAGGACGGCACAUUCAAGCUUGCGCACAGCCAGUUCAUCACAAACACACGCACGGACGCAGGUUCCGGGAUCACAACCUCAAUCCCACACACCUUUGUCCAGUCCCCUGGUGACACGCUCCCUGCAGAGAUCGAGCGCACGAUGCGCGCGAACCUGCGUCGUGUGCUCCCUGAGCUGGCGGAUCGGCCCUUUAGCUAUACGCGGCUGUGCUGGGAUGCCGAUACGGCGGAUAGGCAUUUCCUGAUUACGCCGCAUCCCGAUCAUAGGCGGUUGUUCCUUGCGACGGGCGGGUCGGCACAUGGAUUCAAGUUCUUGCCGGUUGUUGGCCAGUAUGUGGCGGAUCUGUUGGAGGGGAGACUUGAUGAGGGGAUCCGGAAAGCGUGGCGGUGGAGGGCUGGGAUGGUGCAGACGGCGACGGAUCUGGCGCAUCUGGAUCCGGAGAUGGAAUUAAGUGAUUUGACAGGGUGGAAGGGGCCUGCUUCCAAGUUGUAG